CUUCAUCACUAGUUGCCAACUUUUUUGUUCACCACGAAGUAAAACAACGAAAGAAGUAGAGGUUCUUGGUGAAGCUCAUCCGCCAUGGUUCUUCCUCAUCGUCGAAAUUCAGUACUUGUAGUACUGUUUUUUGCUUGCAUCUCAUUUGCUGUACAACAUGCAAGUUCAUCUUCACGUUUGGAGUUUGAGCACAACGUUAAUGUCAGUGCAAGUUCGAUUCCCAAAGGACGAGGGCUCGGGAGUAGUGGAUGCAACUUGUUUCAAGGAAAAUGGGUUUAUGAUAAAUCUUUCCCAUUAUACGAAUCCUCGAGCUGUCCUUUCAUUGAGUCCGUAUAUGACUGCGAAAAACAUGGUCGUCCCGACAAACAAUACCUCAAGUACGCUUGGAAACCUGAUUCUUGCAGCUUGCCCAGGUUUAAUGCAGUGGACUUGCUGAAUAGAUGGAGAGGCAAGAAGAUCAUGUUGGUUGGCGAUUCCAUAAGUUUAAACCAAUGGAUUUCCAUGCUUUGUUUGAUCCAUGCAUCCGUCCCAAAUGCCAAGUUCACCAGGGUGAGGCAGGACCAAAAUCAGGACCCUAUCUCCUAUGUGACUUUUCAGGACUAUGAUGUCACCAUAUACGUGUAUUGGUCAUCAUACUUGGUGGACAUAGUACAAGGAAGCAGUGGUCGGGUACUGAAACUGGACUCGAUUCAACAAGGAGACAAGAGCUGGAGAGGAAUGGACGUUCUUGUGUUCAAUAGCUGGCAUUGGUGGCUUCACAAAGGAAGCUCUCAACCGUGGAAUUAUAUCCAAGAGGGGUCAACCAUAACCCAAGACAUGGACCGGAUGGAAGCAUAUUCGAAAGGAAUGACCACUUGGGCAAGAUGGGUUGAUCAAAACAUUGAUACCUCAAAAACCAAAGUCUAUUUUCUAGGAACUCCUCCGAAACAUGAUUCAGGAAAUGAAUGGGGAGGUGGAUCCAAGGAUUGUGCAGGAGAGCAACAGCCAUUACAAGGAUCAACGUAUCCGGGAGGAGCGCCAGCAGGGCUUGGUAUUAUAAAGAAGGUAAUAAGCAACAUGAAGAAACCAGUGUAUCUUCUGGAUAUUACAACAUUAUCACAGCUCAGAAAAGAUGCGCAUCCAUCGGUUUAUGGUGAUCCGGCAGGGGGUGGUACUGACUGCGUUCACUGGUGCGUUGCCGGACUUCCGGAUGUUUGGAACCAGAUUUUCUAUGCGGCAUAUACCGGCGCAUAAAUUAAUUAAUUAUUUGUCCCACAAUUGAUAGUAGAAAAUAAUAAAUGUGGGGAUUAUACUAAUUUAUAUAUGUGUAGGGUUUUUCACUCUAUAUCAAUGGAAAAUUCAAU